GACCUUUAAAACAUUCUAACCUGAGAACAACAAACAUUAAAUGUUCACAGAAAAUGCUAAUGCAGCAGCUUCUUCAUUAAUUCCUCAAGCAUGUGAGCAUGUGAUUUUAGGUCAAGGAAUUAUCAGUGCUGUUUUUUUUCUCUCUAUCUCUCUGCAGACUGGAAAACUGUGACUGUGUGUUCUGGUGCCAGUGCUUUCUCAGCAAGGGGAGGGGGCAUCUUCCCCCCUUUUUAUUCAGCUGAAAGGUGUCUGAGUAGUAGCACAUGCCAGCACACCAGUCAGCAUGAGCUGCGAUUCAGUGUCUGAGAAAAGGACCUGCGACGAAAGCCAGCAAAAGCAUGAAGAAAAAGACGUAAACAGAUGUGAGGGCUCUCCUCCAGACCGUAUGACAGACCUAAGAACAGAGGUAGCAGAUAAUGGACAACCAGAGAAGAAGAAGAGGAGUGAUGAAGACGCUCGGUCUCUUUGGACCACAGAAGCAAGUGGAUCAGUGAAACUCCGAAUAGAUGAACACUGUCCACAGGAACCCAUCACAGUGCAUCAGAUGUUCAUUAAUUGUGUUAAAAAAUAUGGGAAGUUACCAGCUUUAGCAACCAAGACAGAGGACAAAUUGACUACCAUCUCAUUCUGCCAGUACUACGACCGCUGUCGGAUGACCGCCAAGAGCUUUCUAAAGUUGGGCCUAGAACGUUUCCACAGUGUGGCCAUUUUGGGAUCCAAUUCAGAAGAGUGGUUCUUCUCUGCCGUAGGAGCCGUCUUUGCAGGGGGUUUUGCAACAGGAAUCUAUAGCACAAAUUCACCAGAAGCCUGUCAUCACAUAGCUAGUGACUCAAGAGCAAAUAUUAUCGUCGUAGACAGCAACUGGCAACUGGAUAAAAUUUUGCUGAUCAAAGAUAACCUUCCACACUUGAAGGCCAUUGUCCAGAUAUCUGGAUGCUUGAAGAAGAAACUUCCCAAUCUCUAUUCAUGGGAGCAGUUCAUGCAGCUUGGCCAGGAUAUUCCCGACGAAACACUUGAUGGCAUCAUCAAAAGCCAGAAACCUAACCAAUGUUGUGUGCUGAUCUAUACAUCUGGAACAACCGGCCUACCAAAAGGAGUUAUGCUUAGCCAUGAUAAUAUCACAUGGACGGCUUGUCACGCAAGCAGGGCUGGAGACAUGCAACCUGCUGAAAUAAAACAGGAGACCAUUGUGAGCUACCUACCACUCAGCCAUAUUGCUGCUCAAAUCUAUGAUAUGUGGACAGGCAUCCAGUGGGGGGAAAUGGUCUACUUUGCCAGGCCUGAUGCUUUGAAGGGGACUUUGGUGCACACUCUAAAGGAAGCUACCCCAUCAUCUCAUAUGGGAGUCCCCCGUGUUUGGGAAAAAAUGAUGGAGAAAAUAAAGCAUGAACUCUCACGUGCUGCCUACCUGAAAAGGAAACUGGUGAACUGGGCUAUGUCUGUUACCUUGGAUGCUAAUUUAACGUAUGGCAAGGAUGAGGAGAAGCCGUUUCUUUUCGGGGUCGUGAACUCCCUGGUCAUAGAGAAGCUCCGGGCUGAGCUGGGCUUCUCUAACUGUGAGAAGUUCUUCUCUGGGGCAGCUCCUAUCGGAUGGGAUACCUACAAGUUCUUCCUUGGCCUUAAUAUACACUUAUAUGAGGCCUAUGGCAUGAGCGAGAGCUCUGGACCUCACUUCAUGUCUGGUCCCCAAACCUACAAAAUGAAAAGUUGCGGCAAGGUGGUUCCCGGCUGCAGGUGUAAGAUAGCCAACGAAGAUGCUGGCGGCAGUGGGGAGGUGUGCCUCUGGGGCCGGAAUAUCUUCAUGGGCUAUCUCAACAUGAAAGAUAAGACAGUGGAAGCCUUUGAUGAGGAUGGUUGGCUAUGUUCUGGAGACUUGGGCAAGUUAGAUGAGGAUGGCUUCCUUUUCAUCACAGGCAGACUCAAAGAAUUGAUCAUUACUGCUGGUGGAGAAAAUGUCCCUCCAGUUCCCAUAGAAGAUGCUGUGAAAGAGGAGCUGCCUAUCGUCAGUCAUGCGAUGCUCAUAGGGGACAAGAGGAAGUUUCUGUCCAUGCUGCUCACAGUAAAGUGUGUCUUCAACCUCGACACCAUGGAGCCAACUGAUGAUCUUAGCCCAGAGGCAGUGAAAUUCUGUCAGCGACUUGGCAGCCAGGCAACAAAAGUUUCAGACAUAACUGGAGGAAAAGACAAGCUGGUGAACCACGCCAUUCAGGAGGGCAUUGCCCGGGUCAAUGCUAGGGCCACCUCCAAUGCUCAGCGCAUUCAGAAAUGGACCAUCUUAGGAAAAGACUUUUCAGUGUCUGGAGGAGAGCUUGGCCCAACAAUGAAAUUACGGCGAGCAGCAGCUCUGAAGAUGUACCACAAUGAAAUAGAAGCUUUCUACAGGGAGCGGAAAAAAUAAAAACAUAAUCCCACCUCACAACAAAAUAGAAACAGUAGGUGGUUUUAUACAGAGCUUAAAAGCGAACAUUAGUAUUUAAAUCUGCAUUUUGUAUAUUUAAAUUCAAUUUACAUUGUGAAGAAACGUACUAGUAUUAUGCUAACAAUUGCUAAAUAACCAAUAUUUCAAUAACAAUUGCUUAAUUAUUACUAUAUCAGUGACAGUAGCUAAAUAACCAAUAUUUCAAUAACAAUUGCUGAAUUAUUACUUAAUUAAUAUUUAGUUAACUUUUAUAUACUCAGAAUAAUGUGUGUACAUUGUUGCUUAGCAGUUACUUACUGCCAGUAAACGCUUUGCAACAUUGUCAUGUAUAAUGGAACGUUCUGUGCUUGUGACAGAGAAGUGAGGGAGUCAAGAAUAUAACAUUGAAUUGUCUUAAUAAAAUGUGUGCUCAAUGUUGUCUAAUAACUAUCAGAGAUACGCCAUGACUUAAAGAAGCAGUAGUAGAAGUUUUAUAACUUUCCAGUAAAAAGGCUCAUUGUGUUUGUGUAAGGGGUACUGAGUGUUAUACUAUGUAACAGGUGAGAAGACAGACGGCCGGAGCCAUCAAGCUGAUAACUCCUCUAUUCAAUUGUCAAAGUAACUUUUAGGCCACAGCUGGGCGAGUAGAUAACCAUAUUGUCAUAAGAACGACACAAAUUUUGGUAAAGCAAUGCUAGAAAAAGAACAUAUGCUUGAUACAAUUUUACACAAACAAGUAUUGGUAAUAACUCAGUUAAAACCAGCUCUUGGGGCCCCAGGCUCAGGCUGGGUGUCUUCUCACAUGCGAGGGAGGGGUUUCUUUAAAUGCUUGUGUCUGUGAAAUAUUCUUUGAACUCUUUUCUUGAAAUUGGAAGAUGUUGCUGAAGAUCAAGUAUCCUGUCUCUCUAUACUUUAUCUCUACUUCAGGCUUCCAGGAAAAUAAUCCGGGGGGGCCCACUGGAAAUGGUGCAGUAGGGGGUAGUGCGUUUUUUCCCAACAACUUGAAUUUUAAAUAAACUUGAAGCACAUUAUGGGGUAAUCCAUCAUUUUAUUUUUAAUAAUGCUUUGUGUGUUUCGAACUCUGUACACACAAAGAGAACUCUGUGUGAAACUUGCAGUUGAAUAAAUGCAUUUUAAAGUAACACCAUGACUUUCUGAAUGAACAAAAAAACAGAGCCAUAUAUUUUCAGAUUAAAAAAUAAAUCUGAUCUAUGAAUAAAUAAUAUAAAUAUAUAAAACUUAGAAAUACAAAUUUAGGCAAAAGGUGAAGCCUCAAGUAGGUAUAUUUGAAAUUGUGUGUCUUAUGUAGUGUAACAUUUAAAUAUGUGAAACUGAAUCUUUAAAAUCUAAAAAUCUUAAUUUAUGCUAAAUCAGGUAGAACAGAAUUUAUGUAUCUGAAUUUCUUAAAUAUAAAAAAGUUAAAUCUAAAAUAAGUUGUUACUUUAAAAUGUAUUUUUCAACAGCAAAUUUUGCCAACUCACAAGUUCAGAUCACAAAAAGAAUUGUUAAAAUUUAAACGUAUGAAUCAUCCCAUUAAAUAUUUAAAUUUUAUUAAGUCAAGUUAAUUGAAUUGAAAUUUACAAAAUCCUGAUUAAAUACUUUCAGCUUUAAGCUAAUGAACCUAACGACAAUUUGCAAAACACAUCUUAAAUUAGCACUACUUAAAAAUAUGUACAAGUAAUAUUCAGUACCAUUCAUUUGUACAAAAGUCACAAUGUGUUAAAUUAGCUUUUAUUUUGUGGAGUAUCUGUUAUAUUAAACAAGACUAACUUCUCUCUGUCCAUACAUGUGCAGGGAAGGUAUGAAGUAAGUGGGUUAGUAAGGUUCAUUUGAUGGUAUGCGCUAUUUGUGGCUGCAGUCAUAAUUGAUACAAGUCAUCCUCUUGUGUCACUGGAAACAUUGGACUGUACAGGACAGCCUGGAUCCCUAUGUGGUUUAGAAGUGUGUAUUCCAAAUACUGUAACAUCUGAGCGAGAACAAUUGACCCUUUGCUAUAGACACAUGAACAGCUGUUUAAAUCCUGGUGAAUUAUGGGAAGCUUGGCAGGUGAUUCAGAAGUUCUUCUAUGUGCUGGAUCAUUAUGUCAUAUUAUUGAGAAUGUAUCAAGUAAUAUGAGAUAUGAGAUACGGGAGUUCACAAAUAUGCAGAUAUGCCAAAUUUAAUGUUUCCUGAUGCUUAUUUUAAUAACUUUGCAAUAAUACAGUGCAGUUGAGAAACUCAUCUACUGCCUUUCCUAUGUCGAACUGGAAAAAUCAUGUCUAAAAUCUGCCACUCUCUUGUAAUGCUGGAUUUGUGGACCUGUCUGUGUUUUGUAAAACUGACCAAUAGACACUAAGGAAAUACACACUAAAGACUUGCCUAAAUAUAUAACUGUGGAAUGAUUUUUAAACCCAGCAUUCACAUUAAAUAAGCCCUUUUAAGUCUAAUUAAGUGAUUAAAUAGAUGUCAAAUGCUCAGUUUAACACAAAACAUAAAAUGUGACUGAAAUUAAUCCCUGUUUAGGGCCCUAUUGAAUACAGUGGCAAUAUUCUUUGAGUGUGUAAAUCAUGUGGAAUUGGAAUAUGAGUUUUAGGGCACUUUAAUCUUUAAUACACUUUUAAUUUAUAGUAAGCAUUGUAGAUUUCAACUCAAGCUGAAUUUAAGCAACAUAGCAUAAUGUUCUUAUAAGCAAGUGAUAAUUACCAGCCACUGAACACUGUGAACUUCACAUAUUCUCCUUUGGGGUUUGUUAUUUGUAAGCUUCUGUUUUUAAGCAACAUAAUGGUUUAGCUUAGGGCUGGGCAAUAAGACAAUAUCUUAUUCUAUCAUUAUACUUUUGUUACCUUGAUAAAUGAUAAGAAUUUGUUAAUAAAUGCUUUUUAUAUAAAGAUAGAUAACUAGUAUUUAAGUAGCUUUUUAAAUAAUCUGCUACUAAUGUCUUUUGUCUGAGUUUGAAAAUAUGAAGAUAAAUAUUGAGAAAAUAUUUGUAUUAUGUAUAUAUCGUAAUACAAUAUUUUUACCAUAUCACACAGCCCUACCUCAGCCACUCGCAUAUGUUUAUGCAACCAGUUCUGAUAUAUAUGGAUGAUGAGAAAGAGUCCAAAUUUAUUUAUUUGUAGCAUAGUGAAGGCUGCCCCUUUAUAGUGCAACGCUAAUGAGGGAGCAGGGAUCCGCAGUUUUACACAAAACAUGUAAAUGUGCUGAAUUAUUGCACAUACAUUUACCACUAUUUAAAGUAAAGUACAGACCAUCAAAAAAUCUACAUUCAAAAUAUCAAGAUCUUUAAUGAAUGUCAUCUUUUAAAUUGAACAGGAUUAUGCCUGCUAUUAACUGAAUGACACAGUGGUAGAGUUAUGUUAAAAUAUGUAGAUAUACCAGAUAACACUUCCAGUCAAUAAAUAAAGGACAUCGUAGGUUAUACAAUUGUCUGCUGACAGAAAAAAAGCAUCUCACACAAAUACCAAGACAAGAUUUUAACGACAUUUUGCUGUGUUUUUUUUUU